AUUGCUUCCUUCUUUUGCAUGUGAAGUUUCCCUCUUGUUACUAAGAACGUAAGCACUGAUGCACGGUACCAAUUACUCAUUGUGUUUCACCACUUAACGCAAGUGCUUGAAGUUUGAAAAAAAUAGGUGCAGGUGUUCUGAACUUGUUAUUCACUAUCGGUUGAUGAGAUUAUACAGUAAGCAAGAAACGUUCACUGUACUCUGAAGAGAAAAACAAAGAAUUACCAAAACAAUUAACCGGUGAGUGCCGGCCCACUUCAAGCACUGCUUUGACGAAUUUGACGAAUGCACAUAAAACACAGCUAUGGGAUAUCAAUUGUCAAUUUUAACUAUAUUUUUAAUGAUGUCCUUCCAUUAUCAAUCAUUAACAAUUAUCCAAUUCUCCUUUAAGCUCUCGUCAUUAGAGGGACAUGGCUACAUGGAUAUAAACAUAUUUAAUAUAAUAAUGAUACAAUGGGAAAACUCGUGUAAAUGCACGUAAACAUGCCCAGAUGUGUGGUUACAAAAAACAAUCUAUUAAUAAAAAACUUUCUCCAAAUUGUCUAUGUCUGUGCAGCACACAAUUCCAGUUUACUUUUGAAACUUACUGUAUUCAUUAAACUACUCAAUGGCUGCAAGAACACUAAAUUUAAAUCAAACGCUUUUACCACAAAAUUCGGACCGCCCCUCAGCAGAACUCGCCUUGUCUUAAAGCUCCGCCUGUUUUGUGACGUCGAAAACGAACUAUCGCGACAACUUCUGUACCGGAAGUGAUCUUCCCUCUUCAUUUCAACGUGGGUACCAGCGCUUCCAGUAUUACUCUGUCAUGCAACUUCAAUGGCGGGGCAGUUCAAGAGACUUAUAAAAGAUUCCAUAAAAGUUCUGGGCUCUGGUGGAUUUCUCUUUAUCUCAUACCUCACAGCAGCAGGUGAUGAGCAAUUCUAUGCCAACCAGCUUGUACCUGCACUGCAAAGAAUCAUGGGAGCUGAGACAGCUCAUGUGAUGGCAGUACGGUUCAUCAGUCUGGGUGUGGUACCAUACAGCAGGUACCAGGAUCCAGCCUCACUGGAAGUCAACGUCCUUGGCCGGCGGUUUCAGAAUCCGGUUGGGAUUGCGGCCGGCUUUGACAAGCAUGGGGAAGCGAUGGAUGGGCUGUACCGUAUGGGGUUUGGGUUUGUGGAGGUCGGCACGGUGACUCCCCUGCCCCAGGAUGGGAACCCUAAACCACGCGUGUUUAGGCUGACAGUAGAUCAGGCAGUGAUCAACCGGUAUGGCUUUAACAGUUGUGGCUUAACUGCUGUCCAAGAGAGACUCAAAGCCAGGGAGGUUACCCAGGCAGAGCAUACACAAGCUGGUCGACCUAUCGGGAUCAACUUGGGCAAGAACAAGCUGUCUCAGGAUGCGGUGGCUGACUACCUGGAGGGGGUGCGAAAACUCGGACCCCUGGCCGACUACCUGGUAGUGAAUGUGAGCAGCCCCAACACUCCAGGACUGAGGGAUCUACAAGGCAAGGAAGAACUGCGCCACCUGCUACAGAAGGUUCUGAAAGAGCGGGAUGGCUUACAAUCUGGGCGACGGCCACCCGUUCUAGUGAAGAUUGCGCCUGAUCUCACCUCCCAGGACAAGCAGGACAUAGCUGAUGUCAUCACUGAGCUGGGUGUGGAUGGCUUGAUCGUCUGCAACACCACUGUCUCCAGACCCACGAUGCUGAAAGACCCCCAGAAGUGCGAAGCAGGUGGCCUGAGUGGUGCCCCUCUAAGAGACAUGUCCACUGCCACUGUGCGAGAGAUGUACAGCUUAACCAGAGGGAAAGUGCCCAUAGUUGGUGUUGGAGGUAUAGCUAGUGGGCAGGAUGCCUUGGAUAAGAUUCGUGCUGGUGCAUCAUUGGUCCAGCUAUAUACAGCGUUUACGUAUCAAGGUCCACCCAUUGUCACCAGAAUCAAACGGGAACUGGAACAGCUACUGAAGGAGCAGGGAUUCAAAAGCAUCUUGGACGCAGUGGGGGCUGAUCACUGCAUGGUGGACGGGAAAAUGCAGGAGGCUCCAGAAAGGGGUUGUAAAAGCUAAGCCAGAAAUGAGGAUGCAGACUUUGCAGAAGACACCCAAAUCCACAAAAGUAACAAAAUAUGGUUUCUGGUCAAGAUAUCAGGGACAGAACAAAGUAGCCUGACUACAGAGUUUGUGGAUCUAUGUAAACAUCAGUGUAUGGAAUGUGCUUCAUAAAGUUAUUUUUUCUUAAAAACAAAUUUGUAAUACAUGGUCACGGUAAAGCACACUCCACUGUAGGGUUCAGAACACUCAUGAACACUGAGUGCCCUUCAAGUUGUCAUAAAGCUAAUAGGCACACCUGUCCUAAAGAAUAUGGGACUGGUUGUCUGAUCAAAGCAGACAUGUUCCCUCUUGUGGCAGCAGAGUUCACUGUCAAGGGUAACAGCACAGACAGGCAGCUUAGGUUAUAGAGUUAUAAAAAUCUAAAGAGUGAACAAUGUGUCAUAUUUCAUUUUUGAAGUAUUAUCAGAAUCAGAAUCAGAAAAACUUUAUUUAUCCCGGAGGAAAUUGCUCAUGUUACUACAAACGGUCACACAGAGACACAGGACAAGAACAUAAAAGAAAAAGAAUAUCAGAUGUAAGUAUAAGAACUAAAAUAAAAUUAUGAGACUCUGCGCUAUAUACCCAUGAUAUAUACAGAAACAGAAAUACAAUAUAUAUAAAUAGAAUAAAUACUGUUAAGUGGUAAAUUACACAGGUAAAUUACCAGAUGAACAUUGCACAUCCGAAUAGCAGCAGGUUUCUUGCCCAGGCUAAGGUAUGGUAUGUAAGGUAGGUAUGGUGUGUGGCGGGAUGGAGUUUAUUUAUUUAUUUUAGCGUCUGAGGCUGGGUGUGAGAUCAUUUUAACGAGUUAUAGAGUCUGAUGGCCGUGGGUAGGAAAGAUCUUCUGUAGCGUUCAGUGGAGCACUUAAAGCUAGUCAGCCUGUAGCUAAAAGUGCUUCUCUGAUCAGCCACCACAUUGUGGAGCGGGUGAUCAGCAUUGUCCAUGAUAGACUGAAGUCGGAACAAUAUCCUCCGUUCAACCACCAUUUCCAAGCUGUCAAGUUCCUCACCCACUACAGAAGCCGCUUUCCUAAUAAGUUUGUUCAGCCUCUUGGCCUCUGCCACUUUCAUGCUGCCACCCCAGCUUGCUACAGAGAAGAAAAUGGCGCUGGCCACCACAGCCUCAUAAAACAUCCGCAGCAUGGUGUUGCAGACUCUAAAAGACCUGAGUCUCCUUAGGAAGUACAUCCUACUUUGACCCUUCUUGUAGGUAGCCAGUGAAUGCUUUGACCAGUCCAGCUUAUUGUCCAGGUGGACGCCUAGGUACUUGUAGUCCUGAACGAUCUCCACAUCCACCCCCCUAAUGGACAGGGGAGUAGCAGGAGACCGUAAUCUUUUUAAGUCAACCACCAGUUCCUUGGUCUUGUUGAUGUUGAGUUGCAGUUGGUUCAGCUCACACCAUUCAACAAACCUGUCCACAGCCUUCCUGUAUUCUGAGUCGUCUCCAUUCCUGAUGCAUCCAACUAUAGCUGAGUCAUCUGAAAAUUUCUGCAGAUGGCAGCCCUCCGUGUUGUAUUUGAAGUCGGAUGUAUACAUGGUGAAGAGAAACGGUGACAGAACUGUUCCCUGAGGAGCUCCAGUGCUACACAUUACUGUGUCUGAGACACAGCCCUGCAGCCUCACGUAUUGUGGCCUUUCUGUCAGAUAGUCCAUAAUCCAUGAGACUAAGGGGGAGGGAACCUGCAUAGCAGACAACUUACUCCCCAGUCGGGCAGGCUGAAUGGUGUUAAAGACACGGAGCAGUAGUAAACAUGCUGCUGCAAAGCUCGCGCCUGCGCAUAUCAAUGCUCAUUAUUGGGUAUUAUGAAAAAGCAUAAGAACAUAAGAAAUUUACAAACGAGAGGAAGCCAUUCGGCCCAUCAAGCUCGUUUGGGGAGAACUUAACUAAUAGCUCAGAGUUGUUAAAAUCUUAUCUAGCUCUGAUUUAAAGGAACC